AUGCCACAGGAAUCAACUUGCUUCAUGGCCUCUGGAGAGGAUGAUCAGGUCACCAUAUGGGACAUUGCCGUUGAGGCCGACUCCCAAGAAUCUGUCGAAGGCGUUCCUCCACAGCUAAUGUUUUUGCACCUUGGGCAAAAGGAGGUGAAAGAGGUUCAUUGGCAUCCACAAAUCAAUGGAUUUGCUGUAACAACGUCUCUUGAUGGAUUCAACGUGUUUAGAACUGCGAAUGCGUGA